ACAUCUGGAAGCCACAUGUCUGUUGCAGCUGUAUAAAAGGCAGCCCAGCAAGCCCAGGGUGACAUUAUCACUCUUUUUUGCCUAAACCCAAGCAGCAUGGGCCUUGCUCUUCUGUGGCUGCUCCCGUCAAUGCUCGCCGUGGCCUGGGGCCAGUACGGAGACUACGGGUACCCGUACCAGCAGUACCAUGACUACGGCGACGACGGCUGGGUGAAUCUGAACAGACAGGGCUUUAGCUACCAGUGUCCCCACGGGCAGGUGGUGGUGGCGGUGAGGAGCAUCUUCAGCAAGAAGGAAGGUUCUGACAGACAGUGGAACUACGCCUGCAUGCCCACCUCCCAGAGCCUCGGAGAGCCCACCGAAUGCUGGUGGGAAGAGAUCAACAGGGCCGGCAUGGAAUGGUACCAGACGUGCUCCAACAAUGGACUGGUGUCGGGAUUCCAGAGCCGCUACUUUGAGUCUGUGCUGGAUCGAGAGUGGCAAUUCUACUGCUGCCGCUACAGCAAGAGGUGCCCGUAUUCCUGCUGGCUGACAACCGAGUACCCGGGCCACUAUGGGGAGGACAUGGACAUGAUUUCCUAUGACUAUGAUUACUACAUGAGAGGUGCCACCACCACUUUCUCUGCCGUGGAAAGGGACCGCCAGUGGAAGUUCAUCAUGUGCCGGAUGACCACUUACGACUGCGAAUUCGAAAACGUUUAGCUUUGCCAGCUUCCACAGCUGGGCGAAGGAAAGGGGCCACUGGUUCUGAGCGUUUCCAUACAUUAACUCCAGCUGCGACGCCUACAGCUCCCUGGCUGCUCUCUUUCCUUCCCCCUGAACCGGCAGCUGCGUGGCCAGCCGCCUGGGCCUUACUGACCUAAUAGCCAUCUAAUCAAAUCCACAAUGAAACCAUAUUGCUCACUUUCAACCCAUUCCUGACUGACCCUGACAAGUGAUGGAGAGUAGUUUGCCUAGCGCACACGUGUGUACACACACACACACACACACACACACGCACACGUACGCAGUAUGCAUGCAUGUUGGUCCUCAGCCUCCCCCAAGAGCCUUGGGACUGCUUUUCCUGUGCAAUGAGUUUCAAGUUCAGCAUGGUGACCUUGGAGGAAGUGCAGGGCGGGGCUCGAGAAGGAGUUCAGUAGGUGCUCUCUAGCGAGGUCUGGUUGAGUGAUCCUCAGGGUCCUCACCAAGAGCGUGCUUUCAGCCUGAGGGGACAUGCACCUGCUCUCCACCCCCCCCCACCAGAGCCACUCCUGCCCCCAACUCCAGGGCUGGCUCGGAGUUCCAAGAGGGAGGGGACUGGCAGGUGAACUUGGGAGGUGGAAAGAUUUAUGGGCAGCGCAGAAAGACUUUCAAGAAUUCCCUGAACUCAAAGAUGGGUGUUAGCGUACUCGGUGAUGAAAAUGAGUUCAGAGCUAGGAAGAACCCAUAAGACGCAGUCUCAGGUAAGAAAACUCACCCCGAGGUGGUCAGAGAAUGGGAAUCAGGUUAGGAACUUGGAGAGGCUUGGGAAAUGGAGAAGGCCGUGGAGUCACUGGCAAGCAGAGGCAGCCCCAGGUUCCCGGGAAGGGU